UCUUCUAAUAAUUUAUUCUUCUAGUGCCAGUGUCCUGCAGAGACACGACCGACUGCAACGACGGAAACACCUGUCGAGACAACGUGUGCCUCCCGAUCUGCUCCAGCGACAACGAGUGCGCGUUCAACGAGAAAUGCGUCCGCGGCAACUGUCUACUGACUUGCAGACUCGACAACGACUGUUUCCUUGGCCACAUCUGUUUGAACAAUAUGUGCACGUUCGGUUGCCGCGCGGACGAAGACUGCAACGCGAACGAGGGUUGCAUCACGAACAAGUGCAUCAAUCCUUGCGAAGCCACCCCCUGCGGACCGAACGCCAAGUGUACUGUAGUUAACCAACGGGCCACUUGUUCGUGUCCCGCUGGUUUCAUACCGAACCCGACGGCCAAGGUCGCUUGUUUAAGAUCGCCAGGACCAGUGUGCCAAGCGAAUAGAGACUGUACAACAGGCACUGCUUGCAUCAGAGGAUUCUGCACACCUGUGUGCUCCACUGAUUUGAAUUGUCUGAGCAACGAGCGUUGUGAUCCUACGGGCGUCUGUAAGUCGCUGUGCAGGAGGGAUGAAGAUUGCAGGAGCGGCGAGAUUUGCGAGGGACUGGUUUGCGUGAUUGGUUGCAGAGCUGAUGUUGAGUGCCAAGAGAAUUCUGCUUGCUUAAAUAACCAGUGCCAAGAUCCUUGUUCUCUUCCCGAUGUCUGCGGAGUGAACGCCAAGUGCUCCGUCGUGAACCAUCAGAAAUUGUGUGUAUGUCCAACUCCAUUGUUAGGCGAUCCUCUAAUUGGAUGUAAGCAGGCGUUCCUGCCUUGCACCACCGAUCAGGAAUGCGCAACUGGUCAGACAUGCUUCGGGAAAUCCUGUUACGCCACGUGCAGGAGCGACGCUAAUUGCCUGAGCGACGAACGAUGCGACGGUGGAAUUUGCAAGGCUAUAUGCAACAGCGACGAUCACUGCGUGGCCAAUCAGAUUUGUCAGAAUAGAUUAUGCGACAUCGGAUGCCGUAGCGAUAAUGCUUGCCCCAACGACGAGUCUUGCGUCAACAACAAGUGCAGGAAUCCAUGCGAGGGUGGCAACGCUUGUGGAGAGUGUGCAGGGUGUCGCGUAACGAAUCACGUAGCGCAGUGCAGUUGCCCUGCUAAUUAUUACGGAAACGCUUUAAUUAACUGCGCGAAAUCUAUGAUCCCUUGCGAUGGUACUUGCGAAUGCGAUGAAAUUGGUUUCUGUACGAAGAGCUGUUCUAGUCAGGAUGAAUGUUCAUGUGGCGAGCUCUGCCAAUUGGGAAAAUGUCGCAUCAAAUGUGACGUCAAUAAUUAUUGUCCAAAGGGUUACAUCUGCGAAGGAGGGUUGUGUCUGAUUGGUUGUCGCACUCAUUCCGACUGUCCUUCCGCGUUAUCCUGCAUCAGCAACCGUUGCGAGGAUCCAUGCUCGGCAAACGGAUCACCUUGUGGGACAAACGCACUCUGCCGCGUUUCCAAUCAUAGAGCGGUGUGCCUGUGUCCCGAGGGAUUCCAGGGCGAACCUAGCCAAGAGUGUUACCAAUUGGAAUGUCACCGGGACGACGACUGCGAAGCCAACAAACACUGCAGCGAGGAUGGUGUCUGCACCAAUCCUUGCCUGCAACACGGAGUCUGCGGCUUCAACGCUCAAUGCAGGGUGGUUAACAGAAAGGCACAGUGCUCCUGUCCACCCGGACAUUAUGGAAAUCCUAAGAUCAACUGUAAGAAAGGUGGCGACGAGUGUCUAAGGAGACCCUGCGGAGUGAACGCGAAGUGCAGAGAAACGUUGAACGGAUUCGAAUGCACCUGCGACCCAGGAUGCCAAGGGGACCCACAUCAGGUUUGCAUCUGCGGUGGGGAACUGUGCAAGGAAACGCGAUGCGGCGUGAACGCUGCUUGCAGAAUUUACAAGAACCAACCCCAGUGCUACUGUCCACCAAAUUACCCAUCCGGUGACCCGAUGCAUGCCUGUAGCGGUGACAAGAGCCUGGGCGACUGUCGCACGAACGGCUGCGGCAAGGGUGCCGAGUGCAUACGAGACGGUGCGAUAUUCGUGUGCAGAUGUCCACCGGGUACCAGCGGAUCGCCGGACGUCGAGUGCAGCUCAG